GACCAGGUAGGGCCUUCCUGAGGACACUUGUCUUACCAGUGUUUCACCAGGAGCUCCUGGUGAAGUACAAACUGCACUCUGUUCGUACUGAAUUGGUGAGGCUUUCCAAAUGAUCCUCAGCAACGUGUGAUUGGAGGUUGGACAUCCGGUUGCACAUCCUCACAUCAAUGCACUGCCAAUGGGUUAUGUCCUGUGUUGUGACCUCAUGGUUUAAGUGGGAAUAAAGAUGAGUAUAAGCAGUGAUGAGGUCAACUUCUUGGUAUAUAGGUACUUGCAAGAGUCAGGAUUUUCUCAUUCUGCAUUUACCUUUGGUAUAGAGAGCCAUAUAAGUCAGUCCAACAUAAAUGGUGCCCUCGUCCCACCCGCUGCACUCAUCUCUAUCAUCCAGAAAGGCCUGCAAUAUGUAGAGGCAGAAGUUAGCAUAAAUGAGGAUGGCACCUUAUUUGAUGGUCGACCCAUAGAGUCUCUGUCCCUGAUAGAUGCUGUCAUGCCCGAUGUCGUCCAAACAAGACAACAAGCCUACAGAGACAAGCUUGCACAGCAACAUGCAGCCGCUGCUGCAGCUGCUGCCGCAGCCACUAACCAGCAAGGCUCUGCGAAAAAUGGAGAGAACACAGCCAAUGGGGAGGAGAAUGGAGCACACACCAUCGCAAAUAAUCACACGGACAUGAUGGAGGUGGACGGGGAUGUGGAAAUCCCUCCCAAUAAAGCGGUUGUGCUUCGGGGCCAUGAAUCGGAAGUUUUCAUCUGUGCCUGGAACCCUGUUAGUGAUCUCCUGGCAUCAGGGUCUGGAGACUCCACUGCAAGAAUAUGGAACCUCAGUGAGAACAGCACAAGUGGCCCCACACAGCUGGUGCUUAGACACUGCAUACGGGAAGGAGGGCAGGACGUUCCCAGUAACAAGGAUGUCACCUCUCUAGAUUGGAAUAGUGAAGGUACACUUCUAGCAACUGGGUCAUAUGACGGAUUUGCCAGAAUAUGGACUAAAGAUGGUAAUCUUGCCAGCACCUUGGGGCAGCAUAAAGGUCCUAUAUUUGCAUUAAAAUGGAAUAAGAAAGGAAAUUUCAUCCUAAGUGCUGGUGUAGACAAGACCACCAUCAUUUGGGAUGCGCAUACUGGAGAAGCCAAGCAGCAGUUUCCUUUCCAUUCAGCCCCAGCACUGGAUGUUGACUGGCAGAGCAACAACACCUUUGCAUCUUGUAGUACAGAUAUGUGCAUUCACGUCUGCAAAUUAGGACAAGACAGACCUAUCAAAACAUUCCAGGGACACACGAAUGAAGUAAAUGCUAUCAAAUGGGACCCAACUGGCAAUCUCCUAGCCUCCUGUUCAGAUGACAUGACAUUGAAGAUAUGGAGUAUGAAGCAAGAUAACUGUGUUCAUGAUUUACAAGCACAUAAUAAAGAAAUUUAUACUAUUAAAUGGAGUCCAACAGGACCAGGGACAAAUAAUCCGAAUGCCAACCUUAUGCUAGCAAGUGCAUCCUUUGAUUCUACAGUUAGGUUAUGGGAUGUAGACCGAGGGAUUUGCAUCCAUACUUUGACAAAACAUCAAGAGCCUGUGUACAGUGUGGCUUUUAGUCCUGAUGGCAGGUAUCUGGCAAGUGGUUCUUUUGACAAGUGUGUGCACAUCUGGAACACACAGACAGGUGCUCUAGUUCACAGUUACAGGGGAACAGGUGGGAUUUUUGAAGUUUGCUGGAACGCAGCAGGAGACAAAGUUGGAGCCAGUGCUUCGGAUGGUUCAGUUUGUGUCUUAGAUCUUCGGAAAUAGCGUUACUAGUUGGAAGCCAUGGACCGACUAUGAAUGUGUACAUAGCCACAAGACUAUCCCUGACCCACAUAACUGCUAUAGUCCCAUUUGAACCAUGGCCAGUCCACUACAGCCAAAUCUAAGAGAAAUAUAUACAUGCAGUGUAUAUGAACACAGCUGUACCCUGAAGAUGACAGUCUCGUCCCAGCUUGUGAAUUCUGCUCACCAAGUGCUGGGAUCUAACCUGCUGUGCCCCUAAGUAGUGUUUAGAAGUUUGGAUAUGGAAACCAGAAGAGAAGGAAUAUGCGUUAUAAGAGCAAACCACACAUGUCCCAGUUUUGAAUAUCAAUGACAGCCUUGUUUCUCCCCUUUGAAUCAGCAGACACCAUGGAUUAUAUUUUUUCCCCUUCAGUAGUGCGCAGUUUGUAUGUACAGAGAACAUGGACUUAACAGAAGCUUGCGGCAGUAGUUGGUUCUUGCUUCCAAGUUUGUUUUUGGUUUAGAUUACGGAUGCAUGAAGUAAGGGAGUGAAUCAUUUUCUUGCUUUUUUUUUUCCUCACCUUUUAAACAAACAAACAAAAAAUAAUCUUAAAAAUAUUUUCCUGCAUUCUUUGGAAGAGGUAGAUGUUUGGUACAUUUGAUGGCUCCCAGAGCAUAUACUCAAUAGGUGCAUAUUGUGGAGGGAAUUGGAAUAAUAGGAAACUGCAUGACUUUUGUCAUGUCAUUCUCUGAUACACAUCAGCAAAGGGUGUUAUGUUAUCUUUGUUUUGGGUUUUUUGUUUUAGUUCUUUGUGUGUGUGUGUGUGUGUGUGUGUGUGUGUGUGUGUGUGUGUGUGUGUGUGUGAAAGAGAUGGGGGGCUUAAGUAAAAUAGUUUCUUUUUGGGGACGUAUUUCUGCCAAUUAAAGACUAGAAGGGCACAACCUUUUUUUUAAAAAUACCAUAAAGAAGAGACUUUUUUUUAAAAAAAAAAUCUUCUGAUGUUUUGUAGCCAUAACUAAAUUAUGGUUAAAAUGUGCACUAUUGUGAGAAGGAGCAACGUAGUUUGGGGCUUUUAUUUUAUUUUUUUAUUUUACCAUUUGUCUGUUUUACUUUGUUUCUUAAGAGAUUAAAAUAUUUCUGGAUAAGGAUUAGCUUCUCAAAGUGUCCAUCAUUCUGUAUAGAAGCUUAACUAUGUAAUGUAACCAGAUUCCAGUGUUAAAAGUCUCUCCUGUUAGCUUUCUUUUUACAAAGCAAGAUUACAGCAUAUAACACUGCCAUUACAUGGCUAAAUGUUUGCUACCUUCGUUUUGAAAACAGUUUUUAAAGGCUUGCUUUGAGGUGUUUUUGGAUAGCAGUGAUGGAGAAUUUAGGAGAAGUGUGGCCGAGGCUAGCCCUCUGCCUGCGUCUAUGGCGCCAAAGCUGCACUUUGUCAAGCAACAUAGAUCUAAGCUGCUGCUGUUUCCAGUAGUCACUACUAUAUCAUGUCUUUUUACUCUUGUUUAUAUCAAGUAUUCUUUUUUAAAUCUAGGUAUCCAAUCAGAUCUCUUCUGUUCAGCUAAAAGUAAAAUAUACCUACAAAUGUUCACUAGAGGCUGUGUUUGUGAAGGUGAUGACAGGACAGUUGAUAUUAAUGGAAGAACCCAGGAACAUUGAUUCUGGAGAGAGAAAGAACAGUUGUCAAAUUUAUAUCUUUAAAUUUUUAAUUAAGAAAUUGCUUAGCAAAUUUAUAACACUAUUUGUGUCAGUAGUUGUUUUGAGGCCUUUGACUCAUAAGUCCCACCCUGUGUUCUACGAAGCGGCUCUAGCCCAGCCCCACAGCUUUGAUGCUCUGUAUUUGCUGCCUUGCUCUUUACAAAACAGCGUUGAUUGACGCAGGUCUUGGCUUCACUAAGGUAGGGUGGCAUUUGCUUUUGGUAAAGAAGAUGAAUACACUUAAAUUUGACAUCGUUAUAUCUUCCCCAUUGUUGGUGGGGACUAUGAUACUGUAAUAAUUUUAAGAGUUGCAUCCAGAGAGGCAGUCAUCUGUGGUUUGUGCCAGGUGUUUUUAGGGUUCGAUCACAUUGAGAUAUUUAGAACCCGUUGCUCUGUGGCUCUGUAGGAAUUCUAAAAUGCUGAGUGUCUGGCACUUAAGAUUUUGCUUUUACUGCAAGAGGGUCACAUCUGUUGGCCUCUAUUGUUUAAAAAAAAAUAAUAAAAAUAAAAAACUGUGCAAUAAUUUUUAAACGUGCUCCCAGGAAUAGACACAAACGUUUUGAGUAUGCCUAAGCUGCAUCUCCUUCAGCGAUGCAUUUGUCAAUUGCACUGAAUCUGAACCUGAAAGUCAGAGGUGAUUGUUGAUAGUGCUUUUGUAUUUUGAUAUGGACAUUUUAUUCAUUUGCAUACAGUCAUUGACGUUCUUCCCAGCUGAUUCAAAGACAGUCACAAAUUCCUGAAAUACAGCUGCCGGAAUGACAGCUGAAUUUUCUGAUAUUGUCUUGCUCUCUGUUGGGUGUGUGUUUAUUGGUUUGUUUUGUUCUGUUUUAUUUUUAUUUUUUUCCUAUUUCUUUGGCUAUUUUCCUUCAGCACACUAGCUGUGAUAGAUUGUCUGAUAGAAGUGCAGAGCUUUGCUAUCCCAGAGCCUCGGGUCUUUCUCUCGCAGAUGUGGCUGAAGACGUCCACCUUUAGGCUGGUUCUCCGUGAGCGUAGGACUGUGUGCUUUGCUGCUGCUCUCAGUGUCACUGUAGCCUGCUGACGUGCCACAAUGCUGCUCCACAGACACCAUACCACGUCUCCACCCGAGCAGUCAGAUGAUCACCGGAGACCACACUUGAGUGUUGUCAAGUGCUGUCAUGGGGUUCUCACUUUCCUUCUUGUCCUUUUCUGAAGAUGCAAAGUCCAGGAGUCUUUCUGUGGUGUUCAUUUAGAUCAUUGUUUUAUAUGCUACUGUAAAGAAGUGAGGAAGGAGAGGGAAAUGAAUAGCACUGAUUACAGUAGACUGGAGGGUGCGGUCUACUGCCACCCAUGAAAGGCAGGAAGGAACCUGUGUACUCCAUGCUGGAGACUCUUGGGGACUUAGGUUUACCCCACUCCUGUUCUCCAUGAUCAGGUAAUAUCAUUGACUUUCAAAUGAUUUAGGGGUGGUAACUGGAAUAGAUAUUAGAGUGUAGCAAAUUCUGUUUUCAUGAGUUAUCCUCUAGGUGAAUAUGUUUUAGGAUUAAACACCUUUUACAGAUACUGAAAGUGCCUCCUUUUGUGGUAUACAAAAAACAAAUUAUGGUGCAAAAAGUAAUCAAUAGAUUGAAUCACAUGAAGGGUUUUUUGCUUUUUGACAUAAAAAUGUCAAGAGACAGGCCAAAGAUUUGUACUUUUCACUUAUAAAGCACUCCUUUUUUUCCUUAAGAUUCUUUCUGUCGAUCAGAUUUAAUGAAAGAGUACUAUUUUUAAGGAGCUAUCUGUUUAUGUAGAAUGAUUUUGUUAAAAGAGUAAUGUAAACUAUGAAUGAGGAGUAGAGGCCCGCGGAGGACUGGGCCUUUUGCUAUUUAAAGGAAUCACGGAUGACCAGGCUUCUGUAAGCACACACGGCAACUUCUACUAAGUGCAUAGGAAAAGCAUCUCAUACAGUGCUGUCUUGCUCUUUUAAAGACCAUUUAUGUUUUUGUAAGCGCAUUGCACAUUUCCACAGAAGCUGGAUUCUCAGGAGCUCAGCGGUACUUGCCCAGUUGCCGCAGAAAUCCUGCCUCCGUGGACCAACAUCGUGGCACAGCAGCAAAAGCCAGCUUAUGGGGGCUACCAGCCAGCCUACAGAGACCCUGGGGGUGGUUUUCUGUUUGUUCUUCAUUCCCUCCUUUUGUCUGAAAUCAUCAGGGAGGGAUCAGUAAUAGCUCUGAAGUGUCACAUUUAAUAUCAGUCUUUUAAUACACAAUCCUAGUCAAAUGUAGGAGAGAAAAAAAGGGGAGUGCUCACAUUUUUUAAUCUACUCGUUUAGAAUCCGGUGUCUCUACAUAGCAGUUCUGAGGUUUUCAUGGCAGUCUUUAUCUCUGCCCUUCUGUGACAGUGUUGAAGCAGGAUGAAUAAGUAGGCUUUUGUUGUGUUUUGUUUUUAAACCUAGCAAGGUGUUUCAUAUUUUCUUUGGGAUUUCUCAUUAAGUUUGAGGAAACAUUCUGCAUGUUCUAUCUGGUGUGCUUUUUUUCAUCUCAUUACAAACAGGCAGAGUUCAUUGUGUAUCUCUGCCAUCCUUAAAUACAGAAGUGAUUUUCUUUCCUGACUUUGACAUUGUUGCUAUAUAUAAUGUUUUCAUUUGAGUUUUUGCAAAUCAUUUGGGUCUAAUUCUGUGAGCCUACCUUAGUACUGGGUGACGAUGUCUGCAGCCUUUCUUUAGUUCCACAGUUAACUUUAAAGCUGUUGUAGAAGUGUAAACCAGCCCAUGACAGUUUUUUUGUACACGCUUAAGAACUUUAUUGUUCAAUUUUCAUGAUGAUUGUGUAAGGAAGACUGAUACAGAUGUCUAUCUCUCCUGGACCAUGUCAAUGACACUUACGAUGUAUUUUGGUUCCACAUCACAGUGAUUUGUCCCCGAUGACCCUUUGACCCUUUCCAGGCACAUUUUGUGUGUGUGUGUGUGUUGUUGUUGUUGCAGUUUUCCCUUUGCAUUGUAUUGCUUUGACAACUGUAAUUUGAAUCAGAUCUGAAAGAGGUCCAGAAUAAAAUAUAUUUUGAUAUUAUGUUGGCUGUGUACGUAUAUAAAACCUUUGCUAUCUAUGUGGUUUGUAAAGACUAGUCGAGUAAGGAGAGGGAUGGUGUUUGUUUACAAUUUCCUGUUUACAUUUCAAUUGCGUUUAUCCCCCACUAUUCAGUGUAGAAUAGAUAAUUUUGCUUCCAGAGUCUUCCCUACUACAGCCUAUCUGUCCUAGCUCUUACUAUCUCCAGUGAAUAUAACUGCCAUGGGAAUCACUGUUUUCAUAAACAUUGUUUCCAAGAUGUAUACUUUAAAGAAGCCCAUAGAUGAAUUUAAAGUUUUUGCUAUUUUAUUACUUCUUGCAGGGGAUAAGAUUUUUUAAAAUGAAGGGAUUAUUUUCUAUAUUUGUUAAAUAAUAGCAUGUACUCAGCUAAGGGUAAUGAUGACUCCUGAGUGAUUUUGAAAUACUGAUAGUUUAUUUAGAGGACUUCACACAUGAACUAAUAAGACUUCAGAUUCACUGUUAGCUUAGCAUCCAGUAGCACAAGGCACACCAAGUAUGUGGCCGACGGCUUUCAGCACAGGAGCUCUGCCCUUCCUGCUGCACUCCUAUCCAUGCCAACCAAACAUGCCACAGUGGUUUCCACCUGUAGCUGAUUGCUGACCUUACUACAAAUCUAGUAACAGAUGAGGAACAUCCCAAGGCACCAUCCAGCCUCAGUUACUGCCAACUCCUAUAGAUCGUUUCCUUGGUCAAGUUGCCUUCUCCAUGCCCUCCGCCUUUCUUCUGUUUUCUUGGUAGAUACAGGCUGCUGUAGCCUUGUUGUGCUCUCAUUGCAACUGCUAAAGCUAGCAACCUUUAGUUGUCAAGGGGUUCAUUUCUAUUGCAUGGCAUAGGUUGUUAAUGACAUUCUGUUUUUACACUUCUCCAGAAAGCAUUGGGCCGCCAAGGAUUAGAGUCCACUUGAGCCUAAAGUUAAGCAGAAGUUCAUUGAGCCACCAUUGCAGAGAGGUUACUUUUGAUUUCAUAGUUCUUAUACUUUAUCAUGAAUUAGAUUUCUUACCUACUAUAAUAUGUAGCUGAUUAAAGUUUACUGGUUUUUUUUUUUUUUCCUAUAUAUUCAUCUGAAAACGACAGUAGAGGAAAAGCCAUUAUGGACACUUGAUUUUGUGGUGCUUUUCUCUGCUGUACCGAGGCACUGUCAACAGUAAAAAUGUUAACCCUAUGCUACCUUUCCCUGCAUGCUUCUUUAAAUGUCAUCUACCAAUGCUUAAUUGUCCUAACUUGUAAUAUUUUUGUAUAAAAUUUUUUAGGAGUUCCUUGUAAUUUCUUUAUAAUUUAAAAUAUAUUAAACACAAAGUGUUUAGUAAAG